AUGGCGGACUCCGAGAAACCCUCCCGUGCAGGGUCGGAUGAUAUCCAAUAUGACACAGAAAGCGCCAUGACGGUCACGGGCUCUGAAACUCCGACGAAAGAGGUUCCGGAGACUAAAGCCAACAGUUGGAAAAUGCUUCCUCAGCUCCAGGAGGAAAACGCCCGCAACCUAGCUUCUGGAUUCAAACAGCAAACACUUGGUGUGACAUGGAAGAACCUCUCUGUGCAGGUUGUCAGUGCAGAAGCGGCGGUCAAUGAGACGGUCCUAUCACAGUUCAACAUCCCCCAGAAAAUCAAGGAUAGCCGCAGAAAACCUCCCUUGCGUACUAUUCUUCGGGAAAGCCAUGGAAAUGUCCGACCCGGGGAAAUGCUCCUUGUUCUUGGUCGCCCUGGCUCUGGCUGUUCGACCUUGUUGAAAAUGCUCUCCAAUAAGCGCGGUGGAUACAAAUCUGUUGAAGGCGAUGUCCGUUUCGGCUCUAUGGACUCCAAUGAGGCCAAGAACUAUCGCGGUCAGAUUGUUCUCAAUAGUGAGGAGGAGAUCUUCUUCCCAACCCUAACAGUCGGACAAACUAUGGACUUUGCAACUCGCCUUAAGGUCCCCUUUCAUUUGCCCGAUGGCAUGACUGCUUCCGAGUAUCAGCAGGCAUCGAAGAAGUUCCUUCUCGAGUCGGUUGGAAUUUCUCAUACCGAGGACACCAAGGUUGGAAAUGAGUACGUCCGCGGCGUAUCAGGAGGAGAGCGAAAGCGUGUUUCAAUCAUUGAAUGCAUGGCUACGCGAGGAUCCGUCUUUUGCUGGGACCAAUCGACUCGCGGUCUUGAUGCUUCUACUGCCCUCGAAUGGACCAAGGCCAUCCGAGCUAUGACCGAUGUUCUUGGUCUCACGACAAUCGUCACACUUUAUCAGGCCGGUAACGGUAUUUUUGACUUGUUCGACAAAGUACUGGUGCUCGAUGAAGGAGAGCAAAUUUACUACGGUCCUCGGGAACAGGCCCGUCCUUUUAUGGAGAACGCCGGAUUUAUCUGCCGCGAGGGUUCCAACAUCGCCGACUACCUCACCGGUGUGACUGUUCCAACCGAGCGAAGAAUUCGCGAGGACUAUGAAAGCCGCUUCCCGCGCAACGCAGAAGCCCUCCGUGCCGAGUAUGAAAAGUCACCAAUUCAUGCUCAAAUGGCGGCUGAGUACUCUUACCCAGACUCUGAUCUCGCCCGUGAACGCACCAAAGAGUUCAAGGAGGGCGUUACUUUCGAGACCUCCAAAAAGCUGCCUCAGAACAGUCCCUUCACUGUCAGCUUCCUUGACCAGGUCAAAAUCUGUGUGCAGCGCCAGUACCAAAUCCUUUGGGGUGAUAAAGCAACCUUUAUCAUUAAGCAGGUGGCGACGCUGGUCCAGGCUCUAAUUGCAGGCUCCUUGUUCUACAAUGCUCCGGAUAACUCCGGCGGCCUCUUCGUCAAGUCCGGUGCACUCUUCUUCUCUCUUCUAUACAACAGUCUACUCGCGAUGAGUGAGGUCACUGAGUCAUUCUCCGGAAGACCAGUCCUCAUCAAGCACAAAAGUUUCGCCUAUUUCCACCCUGCCGCGUUUUGCUUGGCUCAGAUCGCUGCCGAUAUCCCCGUUCUACUCUUCCAGAUCUCCAUGUUCGGUUUGGUUGUAUACUUCAUGGUUGGGCUUUCAAUGUCCGCCGGUGCCUUCUUCACGUAUUUCGCGAUCGUUUUUACCACAACAAUGACUAUGACUGCCCUUUUCCGCGCUGUCGGGGCUGUCUUUACAACCUUCGAUGGUGCCUCCAAGGUCUCUGGCUUGUUGAUUAUGUCUACUGUUCUUUACAGUGGAUAUAUGAUUCAAAAGCCGAAAAUGCACCCAUGGCUUGGUUGGAUAUUCUGGAUUGAUCCCCUCUCCUACGGGUUUGAGGCGCUGCUAUCUACCGAGUUCCACGGUAAAACAAUUCCGUGCGUGGGAGGCAACCUCGUUCCUACCGGCCCCGGAUAUGAAAAUUCCCAAGACCACCAAUCUUGUGCCGGAGUCGGCGGUGCAAUCCAAGGUCAGAAUUUUGUGCUUGGUGACAACUAUCUGUCAUCUCUCUCAUACAGUCACGCGCACAUCUGGCGCAACUUCGGUAUCAACUGGGCCUGGUGGGCACUAUUUGCUUUCCUUACAAUUGUUGCAACCUCGAGGUGGCAGUCUCCAUCCGAGUCGGGUAACACACUGGUCAUCCCCCGCGAAUACCUCCACAAGCAUCUCCAAAACCAGAAGAAGGACGAAGAGGGCCAGGCUUCCACGAAAGCUGUCUCUGAGGGCAGCAACGAACCCGCCAACAUCGACAACCAACUUGUGAGAAACACUUCGGUCUUCACCUGGAAGAACCUUUCUUACACUGUCAAAACACCGUCCGGCGACCGAGUUCUUCUCGAUAACGUCCAUGGAUGGGUGAAACCUGGUAUGCUCGGUGCUCUUAUGGGAUCCUCCGGUGCAGGUAAAACGACCCUCCUCGAUGUUCUUGCUCAGCGCAAGACUGAAGGCACUAUCAAUGGUUCUAUCAUGGUCGACGGCCGCCCACUGCCUGUAUCCUUCCAACGUUCCGCCGGCUAUGUUGAACAGCUCGACAUUCACGAGCGGAUGGCAACUGUCCGUGAGGCAUUAGAAUUCUCUGCGCUCCUUCGUCAACCGGCCGACGUUCCACGUGCCGAGAAGUUGGCCUACGUCGACGUGAUCAUCAACCUACUGGAACUUCAUGAUUUGGCCGAUACUAUGAUUGGUAGUGUCGGAGCUGGUCUGUCUGUUGAACAGAGAAAGCGUGUCACUAUUGGUGUCGAACUAGUUUCUAAGCCUAGCAUUUUGAUCUUCUUGGACGAGCCUACCAGUGGUCUUGAUGGCCAGAGUGCUUACAAUACUGUCCGCUUUUUGAGAAAAUUGGCAGAUGUUGGACAAGCUGUUCUAGUUACUGUGCACCAGCCCUCUGCCCAGCUCUUUGCUGAAUUCGAUCAACUUCUUCUUCUCGCUAAGGGUGAAUGCCAAGACUCUGAAGAGCUAUUUCUCACGUUACGGAGCACCAUGCCCCCUGAGACAAACCCUGCCGAGCAUAUGAUUGAUGUUGUUUCCGGUGAAUUGAGCCAGGGCCGAGACUGGAACAAGGUCUGGCUGGAUUCACCUGAACAUACCGAAAUGCUUAAGGAGCUUGACUCAAUCAUUGAGACUGCUGCAUCUAAGCCUGCUGGAACUACUGACGACGGUCGCGAGUUUGCCACUUCUCUUUGGGAGCAAACUGGCCUCGUUCUCAAGCGUACCUCAACCGCCCUGUUCAGAAACAGCGACUAUAUCAACAACAAGUUCGCGCUCCACAUCUCCUCCGGCCUGUUUGUAGGUUUCAGCUUCUGGAUGAUUGGUGACUCUGUUGGUGACAUGCAACUCACAUUGUUCUUUAUUUUCAACGCCAUCUUCGUCGCCCCGGGUGUGAUCAACCAGUUGCAGCCAACCUUCCUCGAACGCCGUGACCUGUUUGAAGCACGCGAGAAGAAGGCUAAGAUGUACUCUUGGAAAGCCUUCACAUUCGCUUUAAUUGUCUCUGAGAUCCCAUAUCUCAUUAUUUGUGGUGUGCUCUUCUUUGUCUGCUGGUAUUGGACCGGUGGUUUGGUCACCGAGGCGAGUAAGAGUGGAUCCAUGUUCACAGUCUUCCUUCUGUAUGAAUUCUUAUACACUGGAAUUGGUCAAUUUGUUGCUGCGUACGCCCCUAACGCCAACCUGGCUGCCAUGAUCAAUCCUCUCGUCCUGGGUACUCUGAUCUCCUUCUGCGGAGUUCUGGUUCCUUACGCCCAAAUCCAACCCUUCUGGAGGUACUGGAUCUACUACCUAAACCCUUUCAAUUACUUGAUGGGAAGUAUGUUAGUUUUUGGUCUCUUCGACAAAAAGGUGCAAUGUACAGAACAAGAGUACGCACUCUUCAAUGCACCAAACGGAACAACCUGUGGUGAAUAUCUCGCCGGGUACAUGCAAACCAUUGGAACUCGCAUGAACCUUCUCGACCCCGACGCCACCGAAUGCCGGGUGUGCCAAUACACCCGUGGAUCGGAUUACCUCCAGACGGUCAACCUUCUUGAUUACUAUUAUGGAUGGCGUGAUACUGCUAUCGUCGGUCUAUUUGCGAUCAGCUCUUAUGCUCUUGUCUUUGGUCUGAUGAAACUCAGAACCAAAGCUUCGAAGAAGGCUGACUGAUCGGUUGAGCUCUGAGAUUGUACAGAGUUAAUAUUUUAGAGGGAGUUUGAUCUCUCUUCUUUUGCACC